AUGGAGUUUUCCGGCGAGAAUAACGGCGCCGGCGCACACGUUCUCCUCUUCCCAUACCCUACUUCCGGUCACAUCAUCCCCCUCCUUGAUCUAGCCAAUCACCUCAUAAAUCACGGCCUAAAACUAACAAUUCUAGUCACACCUCUCAAUCUACCAUUAAUCGAACCAAUCCAAGCAAUUCACCCUUCAAAUUCCAUUCAAACACUUAUCCUUUCAGUUCCCGAAACCCCUCCUGGAUCCAAUUUUGCUAAAAAAGUUCGUGCGACUUCUAAACUUCACGAUCCGAUCAUCGAUUGGUUCCGUACACACCCAUCUCCUCCAGUAGCCAUCAUCUCCGAUUUCUUCCUUGGUUGGACCUUUCAGCUGGCACGCCAACUAGGUGUUCGACGUAUUGCCUUUUGGCCGUCUGGAGCUUUUACUUGCUUAGUUAUGAGCUACACAUGGAGUAACGUUGAAGAAAUCUUCUCAAAAACCGAUGAAAAUGCUUUAGUUACUUUCCGCAACAUUCCGAAUACGCCGGAAUAUCCUCGCCGGCAGGUGUGUACGUUGAGCAGUCAGUAUAAAGAAGGAGAUUCAGAUUGGGAAUUUUUCAGGGACGGUUUGUUAGACAAUGAUAAAAGUUGGGGUGCUUUGUUUAACACUAGUAGAGAAAUUGAGGGGCUUUAUAUUGAUCAAGUAAAGAAAGAAAUGGGCCAUGAUAGGGUUUGGGCUGUUGGGCCUUUGUUAAAUGUAGUAGGCCCGGGUUAUUCUCGACGUGGCGGGUUGAGCGCGAUGCCACAUGACGAAGUGAUGACGUGGUUAGACGACAAGGUUGAUGACUCAGUCGUUUACGUGUGCUUUGGGAGUCGGUCCACGUUGACGCGACAACAAACGGAUGCCCUCGCGACAGCCCUGGAACGUAGUGGGGUGAAUUUCGUAUGGUGCUUGAGAGGAGGACACGUGACGGACGAUAAUGAGGAGGAUGCAAUCACGAAAGAAUACGAAAAUCGAGUAUCGAAUAGAGGGUUGAUAAUUAAAGGUUGGGCUCCACAAGUUGCAAUACUAAAACAUCGAGCAGUGGGCGUUUUCCUGACUCAUUGUGGAUGGAAUUCGGUACUAGAAGGCAUAUCCUCGAAUGUGCUCAUGCUAACGUGGCCUAUGGAUGCAGACCAAUUUACAAGUGCGGAAUUUUUAGUUAACGAACUAAAAGUGGGAAUUAAGGCAUGUGAAGGCGGUAGUCAAGUAGUUCCAGACUCAAUAAAGUUGACUCAAAUCUUCUGUGAUUCAAUUAAUGGGGCUCGUCCUCACAAAGAGCGAAUGAGAAAACUUCAUGAUGGUGUCCUAAAGGCGGUUCAAGACGGAGGGAGUUCAAGUCGAGAUUUUCAUGCAUUUGUUGAGCAACUAAGUCAACUUCAAAGUGGUGUCUUUUAA